AUGGACUCCCAAGAAGCCCAAGAGUAUCUCACGAACUUCGUCAACGUGACAUCCACACAGUUCCACAAACUCCCCGGAUCGGCCAUCUUCCUGCGUUAUGUCAAGUCAAGCUACCAAGAUGACCCUGUCCGCUCUGCGGUCGAACUCUUUCUCGUGCUCUUCGCCAUCCGGUAUCUACUGGCGCCCAAAUAUUCGACGAAGCCUAACUACGUCAAAUUGUCAGAAGAGGAGAUAGACGAUCUUGUUGACGAGUGGGUGCCAGAACCUUUGGUGGCCAAGGCAACGCCCUUUGAGGAUGCUGAGCUGGAGAAGCGACCUGUCAUUGUCGGCCCAAGUGGACCGCGCUCGAAAUUGACCAACGGACGUACUGUUACCAAUCUAGCGUCGUACAAUUUCUACAACUUUGUGUCGAACGAGAACCUCAAAGAGAGGGCUAUACAGACUCUGCGCACGUAUGGAGUCGGUCCCUGUGGUCCUCCUGGCUUCUACGGGACGCAAGAUGUUCAUAUGAAAAUCGAGGCCGACAUUGCGGCGUUCCUGGGCACAACUGCUUGCAUAAUAUACGCACAGGCAUUCUCUACGAUAUCAAGUGUCAUACCGGCCUUCUCAAAGAGAGGGGAUAUCAUUGUCGCGGAUAAAGCGGUAAAUUACGCCAUCCGGAAAGGCAUCCAAAUCUCACGGAGCGCCGUGAGAUGGUACGAGCAUAAUGAUAUGGAGGAUCUCCAAAGGGUGUUGGCAAAAGUGACAAAAGAACAGGCGAAGAAGCCACUGACACGGCGAUUCAUCAUCACCGAAGGCUUGUUCGAGAAUGUGGGCGAUAUGGCCGAUUUACCAAAGAUUAUCGAGCUGAAGCUCAAAUACAAGUUUCGCCUGAUCCUCGACGAGUCAUGGUCGUUCGGAGUGUUGGGAAGGACGGGUAGAGGCCUCACAGAACACCAGCAUGUCGAUGCCGCCGAAGUUGACAUGCUUAUUGGAUCCAUGGCAGGACCAUUGUCUGCUGCAGGCGGCUUUUGUGCAGGAUCUGACGAGGUUGUGGAGCACCAGCGCCUUUCAGCUUCUUCGUACACCUUUUCGGCCGCGCUGCCAGCAAUAGCGGCAGUAACAGCAAGCGAGACACUUAUGAUGCUGCAAACACAGCCUGAACUUUUCGUGCAGUUGAAAGAAAACAUUCGAUCCAUGUGGACUCAACUCGACCCCAGAAGCGACUGGAUGUAUUGCACUAGCACUCCAGAAAAUCCCAUCAUGCUUCUGACCCUGAAGCCCGAGGUUGUUUCUUCAAGGCGGUUGACGAUCGAGGAUCAACAGCAAUUACUGCAAGACAUUGUGGACGAGUGCCUUGCGCAAAAUGUCCUCAUCACGCGUGCCAAAACCCUUCCUGCUGGGCCUUCUGGCGCAAAGACGGAUGUUUAUGUGCCCUCGCCAGCUUUGAAGGUCUGCAUCACACUGGGGCUAACGAAGAAAGAAAUUGAAAAGUCUGGCAUUAUCAUUCGACACGCAAUCACCAAGAUCCUCACGCGGAAACGAUGA